CCUCCCACGCCACCACCGCUCAGUGAGAGCCAGUGCAGCGGCAGUCACGGCAGGUUACAGGAACUUGGUCACUUUAGAGGAUUCAAUAAGUCCGUGGAAAACUUGUUUCUGUCUGUCACCACCCAGAUGAGAAAGCUCUCCAAGUCCCAGAAUGACAUGACUUCUGAGAAGCACCUUCUGGCGAUGGAUCCCAGGCAGUGCGUGGUCCCCACGGAGAGGCGGAGUCAGUCAGACACAGCCGUCAAUGUCACCUCCAGGAAGGUCAGCUCACCCGAUAUUCUGAAAGCGCUCCAUCAAGAAGACCCCAAACAGCCUCCCAACACUGUUUUGAAGCAAGACACCCUCCCAUCCAGUCCAACACACAGCACUGUCUUCUCUGGAGGCCCGAGACGCGGGAGCUUAACUAGUAUUAACAGCACCUGCACGGAGAUGGGUAAUUUCGACAACGCCAGUAUCACAGGAGAAAUAGAAUUUGCCAUCCAUUAUUGCUUUAAAAGCCGUUCUUUAGAAAUACACAUCAAGACUUGUAAGAACCUCGCCUACGGAGAAGAAAAGAAGAGAAAGUGCAAUCCGUAUGUCAAGACCUACCUGCUGCCUGACAGGUCCUCCCAGGGAAAACGCAAGACGCAAGUCCAAAAGAACACUCUGGACCCCACUUUCGAGGAAACCUUGAAGUAUCAGAUAGACCUUGCCCAGCUGAUGACCCGGAGGCUGCAGGUCUCUGUGUGGCACCUAGGCACCCUUGCCCGGAGGGUGUUCCUCGGAGAAGUGACCCUUCCUCUGGCUGCAUGGGACUUUGAGGACAGCUCGACACAGAAUGCCAAAUGGUACCCACUUCGGGCAAAGGCUGAGAAAUAUGAAGAUAAUAUCCAUCAGAAUAAUGGAGAACUUGCCGUCCGAGCCAAACUGGUCCUCCCUGCAGGGCCAAGAAAGCUCCAGGAGGCCCAAGAAGGGACAGGAGGUCAGUUGCCGCUGAAUGGUCAACUUUGUUUGGUUGUGCUGGGAGCCAAGAAUUUACCCGUGCGUUCAGAUGGCACCUUAAACUCAUUCGUUAAGGGCUGUCUGACUCUGCCAGACCAGCAAAAACUGCAUGUGAGGUCCCCAGUACUGAAGGAGCAGGCUUGUCCCCAAUGGAAACACUCCUUCGUGUUCAAUGGUGUAAGCAGCUCUCAGCUGAGGCAGUCCUGCUUGGAGCUGACCGUCUGGGACCAGGCCAUCUUUGGUAUGAACGACCGCCUGCUUGGGGGAGCCAGGCUUGGUUCAAGGGGAGGCGCUGCAGGCUGUGCGGACUCAUGUUCCCAGUCCAAGCUCCAGUGGCAGAAAGUCUUGUCCAGUCCCAACCUAUGGACAGACAUGACCCUCAUCCUGCACUGAGAUGAAGCCCAAGGCGAACGCCUAUUCGCAGAGGUAACAGGAUGUGAGAUCGUCACAGAAUCAGAGCCACCUGCUCACCAGUAUAACCAGAUGCAGAACAAUCACUGCUACGAGGCAGUCGGGGGGAGGUCCGGAGUGGAGU